AUGUUUUUGGACCGGCCCGGCAGCAGUUUGGCGGUCAGGGAUCGUUCGGGAAUGGCGGAGGCAUGCGGACUGCCAGUGCGCCGCUGUUCUGGAAAUCGACUGAAGGAGACUGUCGAGAUUGCCCGUCUGAGCACGCUGUUGACGCACAACCACGCACUGGGUUACAACGGAGCAAUUCUACAAGCAUUGGCUGUUCAUCUAGCCCUUCGGCCCGACUCUCCAGAUGGAGGAACCCUACUGGAUGCCGUCAUCGGCUUUGCACGUGACCGCCUAGAAAACGACGAGGUGAAAAAACCAUACACGGAGCGGCUGCUCACCGCCAAAGCGUUGCUGCAUGACCCUCAUGUCACGCAAAAAGAGGUGAUAGAGAAAAUGGAGCACUCCGUUAAUAUGGAGGCACUGGACGCCAUACGAUCUGUACCCGGCAUCGAAACUGAUAACCCUUUCGCACGAGCGAUUUUAUACGCGAUUUCGAUGGGCGGCGAUUCGGAUACGAUCGCCACGAUGGCUGGGGCCAUUUUCGGGGCAAGGCUGGGCGUCCAGAGCAUCCAAUGGAAGCACCUAUGCGAAGCGCCCAAGAAACUGUACAGCUGGCUGACCGCCUGUACGCGUGUGCGUAAGGAAUAA